AUGUGUGGCAUGGAAGUCCUCCCACCUGACGUUGCCGUGGUGGCCUUUCGUUCCACGAACAAUGGUAUCCGGCAAUUUCAGACAUCAAUGACUACUUCGUCCUCGUCGCCCGAGUUCAGCGCUUUCCAGAAGCUGUUACGCCAAGUGUACCGCGAUCCGACCAUCUCGCUCCAACAGGUCGAGCGACUGAGAGCACACCUGCAUCGCUUGUUCAUCCUGCGAACCAUCGACAACACCACCUUUCUGCUCAAGUGCUCACCGGCUCGAGACACGCGCUUGCUGCGUCAUGAAUACAAAAGCCUAGAAACCGAGGCCCGCGUGCUAGAUCUCAUUUCAUCGAAGACACAUGUUCCGGUCCCACGACGACUGACGCUUGAUUCAUCGAGUAGCAACACCAUUCGCACCGCGUACCUGCUGCGAAGUUACAUUACCGGAUCCACUCUGUCCGACAUAUUGCCCUUCCUGAGCGCCAGCGAGCGUGCCGACAUCGACCGUUCCGUGGGCGCGUACUUUCACUCCCUGACCGAGAUCCAGCUCCGCAGCUUCGGCUCGACAAGCAAAGUCUACGAAAACCAAGGAUCCGACACAUGGAGCCAGGCGUUUAGAAUGAUGCUGGAAAGCGCAUUACGAGAUGCAGAGGACCUGCUGAUCAGCUUACCGUAUGACACAAUCCGAUACUGGGCCGCAGCACACAAGGGGGUGCUAGACGAGGUUGCGGAGCCGAGAAUGGUGCCAAUGGAUGCAGGAAAACCAAGCAAGAUUGUCCUGGACGAAAGGAGGAAACACGUAGUGGGCCUGUUAGGCUUCUCUAACGUUGUCUGGGGCGAUCCAUUGCUUGCGGGGGUCUUUGCAUCCGCAAGUGAGGCGUUCUGGGAAGGUUAUGGAGGUCAACCGACAGACAACAGAGGCUACAGAAUUCGCCGUCUUCUGUACUACGUCUAUCGGUCCGUCGUGUCUGUCGCAACGCAGUACUAUCGGCCAAGCACCGAAGAAGAGGACUUCGAAGCCCGUCGGACGUUGACAUGGGCUCUCGGGCAACUGGCCGGCCAGUAA